AUGAAGACAUCGACGAUUGUCUCGAUAUCCGUCGGCACGGCGGUCACUGGACUGAUCGCGUACGCAGCCUAUUUCGACUACAAGCGGAGAAACGACCCUGAAUUCCGGAAAGCCUUAAAACGAGAGUCCCGCAGACAAGCCAGAAUAGCCAAGGAGGAGGCUGAGAUCCAGGGGAAGCGACAAAGAGAAGAGGUCAAGCUGGCAGUGCAAGAAGCCAUCGAGGAAGGCUUCCCUACAGACGUGGAAGAGAAGGAGGCGUUCUUUAUGCAGCAAAUAGCCCAGGGAGAGGCUUUGGCUGGAGACGGUUCUGACCCCGUCGGUGCGGCACUCUGUUUCUACAAGGGCCUCAAGGUCUAUCCUGAACCUUCGUCUCUCAUUCGCAUUUACGAUAACACCGUUCCGAAGGAGAUCCUCGAAAUUCUUGCAGUCAUGGUCGCUCAGGACAAGAGUCUCAAGGUGGGCGAUUUUGGUGCCGGCAGCGACAGGGGUUCGGAGAGCGGACACGGAGUUGAAUGA